ACGUUUUAGGGGGAAGUUCAAACCGGCAUCUGGCAACACUGGCUAUUGGCCAUAGAGGAGCUAGAAAGACAUCACUGUUUUGUAUUGUUUCUCUCGGAAAAUAGAAUAAUAAAAAAUAAAGACGCUCAUACAGCUUUAGAAGUAAAAGUACGUAAGGGUACUUUGCUCAAAAAAUUUCCCUUAAAAUAAGAUAACUUACAGCCAAUUCGGAGGAUUGAGGAUCUGCUUCCUCCGGGAAAAGGUUACCCCCUGGAGUGCAAGAAGUGAGUUUUCCCAGACAGACGCUCUCAAAUAGGAAUUAAAAUAAAAGGAAAUGCUCGCGGUGCAGCGAUAAACACAAUGGAUAACAUCGUCUACGACUUUGCCAAGAUCACAUUUCAGCCCAAGGACGUAGGAUUAACUGAGAAUAGGCCGGCCACUAGUGGCAAUUUCUCCUGGAGUUUCAAGUCCAUGGCCAUGUCUGAUACGGAGGAGAUGCAGGACACCCCCGGGUGUACACGGCCUGAAGAAUCGGACGACAGCGUAAGCAGCGUGUCCAACGCAUCCGACGAAGCAGAUUCCCAAUUGAGUCGGGCUGAGGACAACGAUGACGAUAGCGACUGUCUCAGUGGAUCCAGCCGCUCGUACAUUUACAGUUCAAGGAGCGGUGGGGCGCGUCGCAGGAUGCCCGCCCGUUUAUCCAAGGACAACUUCAACCGGGUGUGCAGCGCCAUUAUGAAGCCGCAGAAGAAGAAACAGCGCAAGGAACUCAGUACCAAUGCCCAGACACUUAAAAGCAUCGAGAAGAUCUACACUAGUAAGCGAAUGAAGAAGUUCACGCCCACUAACUUGGAGACCAUAUUUGAGGAGCCGAGCGAUGAGAAUGCCGCUGAUGCGGAGGACGACAGCGAAGAGUGCUCCAUUAGCAACCAAGUAAGGAUUGUGAAGUUCGGCGGACGUAAGCUUCGAAGAGCCAUAUCCUUCAGCGAUGGACUGAACAAGAACAAGAUUCUAUUGAAAAAGCGGCGGCAGAAGGUCAAGAAGACGUUUGGCAAGCGUUUUGCCCUAAAAAAGAUCUCCAUGACAGAGUUCCAUGAUCGCCUGAACAAAAGUUUUGACAGCGCCAUGCUGGAAGGCGAUGACGGCGAGCUGGCCUCGGGAUCUGGAGACGCUUCAGAGAUGCUUCCCAAGACCUCCAUGACCAUGGAGGACAUCCAGUUGCCAGCUGCCACGAUGACGCUGAGCAGCCAGCAAUUCCAUAUGCAACCCGCUGGAUUCGAGUAGAGAGACUGAAAGUUCCAUUUGAUGUGCACACACCAUUAUUCAUUUCACUAUACAUCUAGUUGAUAGUGCCCAAAAAACUCGUACUGAUAUCAAUUAUGAAGAUAGGGCUUACGUUCGUUUUUUCAUCAGCUCAUUCGAGAAACAUAACCUUAAGUCAGCAAAGUUAUAUGUAUGUGUAAAUAGGAUGUAGAACUAAACUUAUCCAGCCAUAGAAUACGAUUCUGUGCUUAGACCUUAAGCGAAAAAUAAAAGUUACCAUAAUACAUAUCUAUAUACUGCCGACUGUCUUCGUAAUAUUUAUAUUGUUAGAAAAGUUAUAGAAGGAUUUAAUUAAAAAUACUUUUUUUUUUUAUCAUUGUUCAUUUUUUGUUAAUUAAAUUUCUCUCAAAGUAAAUGUAACAUAAUUUAUUAAACACAGUA